AUGGCUGGCUCUGAGAAGGUGCUGGAGCAUGUCCAGCAAAGACAUGACUGCCACCAGAAGGAUAGGUCCAGGUGGACUGGGGGCUCCCCCACAUCCCUGGGGGAGCUGGUAGCAGAGCAGAGAAGGGGAAGCAGCUUCGUGCCCCACACCUGGGGGCUCCUCCGCAGCCGGCAGGACCCCGCGGGGCUCCCGCGGCCCCCGAAGGGGGGGCAAGAGGGAUGCCAAAGCUGGCUCUUGAUCCAGCAUGGUGCCUAUGCUGAGGCCAGAUGGGGAGCCUCUCAGGGUGAUACAGGAAGUCACCCAAAGGACAAUGUGCUCUCCGGGACCACUGACCAGAGCAGGUCCAGUGUGGGUGACUGUGUGGCACUGGCAGCAGGUAGAGCCCUCCCUGGAGCAGGCAGGGCAGAGCUGUGCCAGGAUCUGACCCUGCCUCCCCCUCCCCAGCGCGAGUGCAUCUCCGUCCACGUCGGCCAGGCCGGCGUCCAGAUGGGCAACACCUGCUGGGAGCUGUACUGCCUGGAGCACGGCAUCCAGCCCGACGGGCAGAUGCCCAGCGACAAAACCAUUGGCGGCGGGGACGAUUCCUUCACCACCUUCUUCUGUGAGACUGGGGCAGGGAAGCACGUCCCACGGGCCAUCUUCGUGGACCUGGAGCCCACGGUGAUUGAUGAGGUUCGGGGAGGUGUCUACCGCCAGCUCUUCCAUCCCGAGCAGCUGAUCACUGGCAAGGAGGAUGCUGCCAACAACUACGCGCGUGGGCACUACACCAUCGGCAAAGAGAUCAUUGAUCAAGUGCUGGACAGGAUCCGUAAGCUGGCUGACCAGUGCACAGGCCUCCAGGGAUUCCUGGUGUUUCCCUACAACUCCAUCCUCACCACCCACACUACACUGGAGCACUCAGACUGUGCUUUCAUGGUGGAUAACGAGGCCAUCUAUGACAUCUGUCGCCGGAACCUGGACAUCGAGCGCCCAACCUACACCAACUUGAACAGACUCAUCAGCCAGAUUGUUUCAUCCAUCACAGCAUCCCUGAGGUUUGAUGGAGCCCUGAACGUGGAUCUGACUGAGUUCCAGACCAACCUGGUGCCCUACCCUCCCCAGCUGCUGGAGCCCCAGUGA